AUGAAUUUAAUUCUAAGUCAAAUAUGUAGAGAUAUUGAUGGACCGAAAUACGGUUAUUUGAGCGGUCACUGCAAUCACGCAUCCCUUCACCAACAAUGUAGUAUUGGUUGUGAUUCUGACCAUCAUUUAGUCCCUAACACACCAAUUAUCAGAUGUACUAACAAUGGUUGGGAACCACAAAGCAUACCUGAUGGUCACUGCGAACGACCUGAUCUUCAUCAACAAUGUAGUAUUGAAUGCGAUUCAGAGUUUGUAUUGACUCCAUAUAUACCACAAAUUGUUUGUACUGAAGAUGGUUGGACACAAUCAAAAUUGCCGAUUAGGACACAAUCAAAAUUACCGAUUUGUGUGUCCCGUCAAAGAAAGUGCUCGACUAUAACUUCACCGAAUAAUGGCUAUACAGAAGGCAAAUGUAAAAAUGCCAGACUUGAUGACCAAUGUAUUGUCAAAUGUUAUGAUGAAUUCAAACUUAGACCUAACAAAAGUCUUAUUUGCACUGAAAAUGGCUGGAAUUUAGAAGAUAUUCCUCAAUGUAUUAAAAAUUGUCCAAAACUAGUUGUACCUAAAAACGGAGACUUUGAAAUACCUGAACAAUGCAAAUAUGGUAAACCAGGCGAUAAUUGUAGUGUUGUUUGUCAUAAGGGAUACAGAUUAAUGGGAUCAAAGACAAUCACCUGUAAAAGAAAUGGUAAUUGGAGUCAUAUAUUACCUGUUUGUGAAUAUACUGCCAUAACUUGCUCAGGAUUGAAAGAAAUAGAUAACAGUAUCCGGACGGGUAUAUGUGAGUCGGGAAUCAGUGGCAAAACAUGUGAAUACAAAUGUCGAGAAAAUUAUAAAUUGGACGGACAUUCAAUAUAUACUUGUCUGACAAACGGACAGUGGGACAGACAGUGUUGUCCCAAAUGUAUUAAAAAUGAAGUUAUAAAAUGUCCGAUUAUUUCUGAUAUUAAAAAUUCCAAAUUAUCAGAAAAUUGUGCAAUUGGUGAACCUGAUCAAAUUUGUAAAAUUAUGUGUGAAAAUGGCAAAAUAUAUGAUAUCAAGUGCUUAAAAAAUGGUAAAUGGGAUAAAGAUAUACCGGUUUGUAUGUCUGAACAAACAACAUGUCAGGCACUUAAUCCACCAUUAAAUGGAUAUUUUGAGGGCCAGUGUGUGAGGGGUACAACCGAGUCUCAAAUAUGUCAAGUGAUUUGUCAAAAUGGAUAUAUUUUAGUGGGAAACUCGCAAUUAAAAUGUGAAUCUAAAGGUUGGAGUUCAGCAGUUCCUAAAUGUAAACCAGUUGAAUGUCCAUCUUUGACUAGACCUGAGCCUAACGGUUCCCUAAAAGGUGUCUGUACUCCAGGCAUUUAUAAGCAAAAUUGUCAAUUUAUUUGUCCAAACGGUUUUAAAUUGACACCAGUUAUACCAAAUGUGAUUUGCACUUCGGAUGGUAAAUGGAGUAAUCCUGAUAUACUUAACAUGAAAAUAACAUGUUUGGCUCAUAGCAAAGCUACAGUAUCUGGCUCUGGUAGUUCAGGUGUCUGUCCUCCAAUUAUUGUCAAAUCAAUUGGAGGCAAUAUUUAUGGUGAUUGUCGUUUACCACAAAUCGGUAAAUCAUGUGCUAUCAAAUGCAAUAGAGGUUUCAGACUUAUCGGCAAUCAAACGGUUGUUUGCGGAUCAAAUGGACGAUGGAUAGGACAAGUUCCUCGAUGUCUAAGAGAAUGUCCUCCUAUAGUGAUACCUUCGGGUAGUCAAACAAAAGGCUGGUGUGUGCCAGGAAUUGAGGGACAUAUAUGUCGUGUCUUAUGUAAUCAAGGCUAUCAGUUAGUAGGCAUUGGAUCGAUAUUAUGCAGAAGAGGUCAAUGGUCUGUCCCACCGCCCACUUGUAUUAGUAUUGGUUAG